AUGUACAGAAGCUGCCUUUUGGAAAAAGAAACGGGCAUGUACUCGGGCACUCUCAGGAGCCCUGCAGGAGGUGGCACAGCCGGGGCUGGCGCCACUGGGGAUGGUGGGAGUCCGAUGCCAGCCUCCAACUUCGCAGCGGCUCCGUCUUAUGCGCACUAUAUGGGGUAUCCCCAUAUGCCCGGUAUGGAUCCUCACGGGCCAUCGUUGGCGGCCUGGGGGUCACCCUAUAGUCCCCCUCGGGAAGACUGGAGCGUGUACCCCGGGCCGUCCAGUACAAUGGGCACAGUGCCCAUGAACGACAUGACCUCGAGCCCUGCUGCUUUCGGCUCGCCGGAAUACAGCAACCUGGAACCCGCAGCGGGUGGAAACAGCGGUAGCAGCCUGCCUACACCAGCCGGCGGAUCACUGUUCCCAGUCGACGCCUGCACCGCCGACGCCACUUCUAACAGAAGCCGCCACAGCCCCUAUGCGUGGAUGCGCAAGACCGUGCAGGUGACUGGCUUCUCCCAGGACAGCUUAGCUAAGGAGACCAUUGAGUGUCUUACUGCCCAGGGCGCCAGCCCAUUAGUGACCUCCUUUGCUUGUGCCUCUGUUCAAAAGCGGAGCAUGGUGCUUGGAACUAAGCCGACC